CAUAAACCCCAUAGUUGGUCAACCACUACCACGUUACGAGCAAGACUGUACUUACCACCUAGAGACACAAAAUAGAAAAAAAUUUACAGAAGAAUUAGACGAAAUGGCUAGGAAAAAGUAUUUAGAUAAAGAAACUACAAAUUCCUUCGUAGAUUUUUUCAACGAUAUCCCGGAAUAUCACCAGGUCAACCACCUCUCAAACUCAGAAUUUUACCAAGAAUUGGAAAAAUUAAAACUCAAGAAAAAAGCAUUCGAAGAUAGUCUUCAUAAAGAAAUAAAAUUCGACCCUAAAAACUCUGAAGUUAUUGAAGAUUUUAAAAACGAAAAGCUUGGUAGAAAUAGAAAUAAAGUAAAAACGAAAGCUACGUUGAAACCGUUUUGUGCCACGCCAAUCAAUAAACCUCUUAACCAAAUUUUGACGCCUGAUAUUGAUUCGGAAUUUUCAGACAAAGAAGAGAUUAGAGAUAGGAAGAAGUCUACUUUAAAACCAUUAAGUAAAACUUUACGUCCAGCUUUUACUCCUGACAUCGAUUCAGAAUUUUCAGACAAAGAUAUUUCCACUAAACCACCAUCUCGCAGAUCUGUAAGGAUUGAAACUCCCAGCGACAAAUUUUCUUUUACCGAAACCCCAGAACCGCAUUUUAGAACCAAAUCAAGAGCAUAUGUUGGUUCUCAUAAUUUAAGGUCCAGCGGAAAUUUGACAGACUGGGAGGAUUUUGAUUCAAAGUCAAAAAAAAAUUAUUCACCCACUGUACAAAGCUUAACCGGUUGGAAAGAUUUUAAACCAAAACACAAAGUAACUUAUAGCCCUAGUGACUUUAAAGAACCAUUAUCCGAUUGGAAACUCAUGAGGUCACAUUCAAAUUUGCCUUACAGUGAUUCAAAGCAGAAAGACGAUACAACGAAACUAAAACCAGACAAUGUAUCACCCGAUUUUAAAACUGGACAAUGGGAAGAUACAAGACCAACAUUACGUAGAUACUUUUCGUCGGAAGAAAUAAAAGUAGGAGAAAUGUCACCACAGGAUUGUUGGAAAUCUAGAGAUAAUACUGUUAGUUGGGAAGGUAAAAGAUUAGACCUAAAACCAAAUUUUUCGUCAGACAAUCUAAAGACUUGUAAUUGGGAAGAGACUAAAAUUAAACCAAAGACCGAUUUUUCUCCAAGAAAAACCUAUUCCCCUCAAGAUUUGAGAAGCAGUGGAAACCUUACAAAAUUAGAAGAUUCCCGUCCUAAAUCGCGAGCUAAAGAUUUUAAAACCAGUGGUAAUAUCACUGAUUGGGAAGAUUUUAGUAUAGAGAAUUUGAAUUUGAAUUCUGAUUGUAAUAGUCCUGAACCGUUACAAACUAGAAGUGCUCCAACUACGCCUACAAAAAGUAAACCGAAGACUAACUGGAAUAGUGGGGGAAUUACUAUUCCGAAACCGUUUCAAAUGACCGUUAGAGACGAAGAGAACAAAAUUGUGGAGGAAUUAUAUGUUAAAAUGAAGAAACCCAAAGAAGAAAAACCAGAAAUGUUUAAAGCACAUGAUGUGCCUAUAGAGUCUCAGAUUCCUUUAUUUGAAAAAAUUGUGGCUGAGCAACACAGAAGGAGUUUCAUUGCGAAAGAGAAGAGAAAAGCUGCAUUACGAGCUCAUGUAAAACCGUUUUCGUUUACAAAAAGGGAUGAGGAGAUUCAAGAAUUGACAAGAGAAUUAUCAAAAUCCUCUCCAAACUUGUAUACUGAUCCUCCUUUAAAAAUUAAGAAGUUUAAAGCUAAACCAAUACCCAGGAACUUAUUUAGUAAUUACAUUUAUCGAAAGAUGCAUGAAGAUGAAUAUUACAGAGCGCUGCAGAAGAAAAUUCGUGCCGAAGAACUUUUCAGAGCUGCUUCUUUACCUCCAUCAAUGGCUAGGAGAGAACGAACGAAGCCGAAACUGAACGUCUGUCCUCGAUCUUACAGCAGUCUCUCUAAAGAGGAAAAAUCGAUUAAAAAAUCAAAAAGCGUUCCUGAUUAUAAAAUUUAUCAUGACAAAUACGAAAAAGAGUUGGAAGAUUUGAAAAAUGAAUUUAUUUCUACCAGUCCUCGACCUUUUAAACUCAAAACGUCAAAAAGAGGAAGAAGACAUUUAAGACUCUCUUCUGCAAGUAGUAAAAGUUCAUCAUCGAAAACAACUACGUCUCCAUCUUUCAAUACAUCAUCUAUUAAUACGUCAAAUUUGGCAGCGGUUCUCAGAAUACAAUCAGCAAGAAACAAGCUGGAAGUCGAAAUGCUUAAGAAACUAGAAGAAGCACAACUCAGAGAGGAAAUGAGAUGGCGAGAAAAGUUAUUUCGGAAGAAACCGAUUUGGCAGACACUAGGACAUAGCCAUGAAGAAGAUCUAGCUAUGAGGUUGCAGCUACGAAGAGAUGAAGAAAGAUUGAGACACGAAGAACAUAAAAUGAGAAUGCAGCUAAUGUAUGGGAGGGUCCAGCAGAAACCAACUCUAUUCGAGAGGCAAUCACAAAUGAAAUAUCCAAAAACUCGAGAAGAACUUGAAGAUCAACUCAGAAUUAUCUACGGAAAACCAUUGAAGAAACAUAAUUCAGAAAUAAGUAAUUUAUCUCAUAAAAUGUCUACAUUAAAUGAUUGUAAUGAACAUUUUAAUUCGGACAUGGGGGAUAGCGAAAUAAGUAAAGAAAAAGAAAGUAUGGAGGAAAAAGAAAAAUGCGACUGUCUAAGUGACGAUAUAUCUAAUGACAAGUAUUAAAUAGAAC